GUUGUGUUUCAUCAGAGAAGGAGAAUAUCACAUCAUCUUUUCUCUUCUGCAUCUUCACAACCCUUCCCACCCCACCCCCCCUCCCACUUCCCACAACAAGACUCCCAGCCAUAGUACAUCGCCCCUGCUCAACCGCCCGCAACUGCCCACCCUCAUACCUCCAACAUGUCGUCGAUCGCUGGCAAGGUGCUCACCAAAAUGCUCAAGACAAACUUGUCGAAAAAGGGGCCAGACGACCCUCUCUACGUUUUCAGUGUGGAUGCAAAGGGAAAGCAAAAGCGUGUAGUUAGAGACCUCCCUAAAGGGCUUUCCAAGCGUGAUCAGCGGGCCCUCCGCAAGAUUAGGAAACGAGCACAUAAUCUCGACAAGGGUAUGAAUCUGUGCGGUUUCCGGGUUGGCUACACCUUCUUCAUUGGUAUCAUUCCCGGUCUUGGUGAUGCUGUGGAUGCAAGCCUGAACUAUUUCCUCAUCGUCAAGCCCGCAAAGAAGCUGGAUAUCCCCGACAGUUUGGUUCACAAGAUGCUCUUCAACAAUGCUAUAUCAGCAGGAUUAGGGCUGGUACCAGUAGCAGGAGACAUCUUUUUGGCGGCGUGGAAGGCAAACUCUAGAAAUGCUCUCUUGCUCGAAGAGUAUCUUACGAUCAGAGGACAAGAAUACCUGGCAUCUCUUCAGCAAGGCACCAGUACAAUCAGCGCAUCAGAAGCUGUUGCUCAUGGUGUACCCCCGGAGGAUCUGAGAGAAUUGUUUGCGCCGGGGUCAGGUAUGGAGCAGCGCGAUGUUGAGGAGGGUACAGGCAGCAGAGGAUUCUUUGGCAAGAAGAACAAGAAGGCGGCCGCGAAGUGAUCGUGACUUGGGUUUCGGGGUUCUGACAUGGCAUCUGUUGACUACAUAUACACGGAAUCCUUGUCAGUCAGUAAAAGCAGACUGUGAUGAUUUGUGCAGCAUGAAUUCGAUUACGGG